AUGGAGAAGAAUCUCGCCGGAGACUUAACUCAGAUGCCCAAAUGGAGAAAAGUAGCGUACGGAGGUAUGCAAAUCGGUUACGACGACAAUUACACAGAAGAAUCAUUCCUUGAAGAAAUGGUAAUGAACGCAAACAUCGUGAGGCGUGAUUUGCUUAAGGUGAUGAAAGACUCUGUCUCCAUUUCUCAAUACCUCUGCAUCGUUGCUCUUGUUGUCUUGGUUUGGGUCCAUACUCUUGGUUCAUCUUUAGAUGAGAACUCGCUAUUGUUACUCGAUCUUUGA